CACACACACACAGCCAGCUCGUCUCUUCUGAUACACACACACACACACACACACACACACACAGCCAGCUCGUCUCUUCUGAUACACACACACACAGCCAGCUCGUCUCUUCUGAUACACACACACACAGCCAGCUCGUCUCUUCUGAUACACACACACACACAGCCAGCUCGUCUCUUCUGAUACACACACAGCCAGCUCGUCUCUUCUGAUACACACACAGCCAGCCAGCUCGUCUCUUCUGAUACACACACACACACAGCCAGCCAGCUCGUCUCUUCUGAUACACACACACACACACACACACACACACACACACACACAGCCAGCCAGCUCGUCUCUUCUGAUACACACACACACACACACACACACACACACACACAGCCAGCUCGUCUCUUCUGAUACACACACACACACACAGCCAGCUCGUCUCUUCUGAUACACUUUUCCGUUACUGUGAUGUGAUUUUUUUUUUAUUUCUUGUGUUUUAAUUUGAGAAUUAAUUGAAUCUAUAUUUUUCACUGAACAGAAUCUGGACACAGGAAAUGACGCUCGGACACUCAAUAUUAAAUUAUUCACCUUCAUCUUCCUCAUGUUCUUCAUCAUUCAACUCGUCGUCUCCGGGCGCACGCGGCUCCAUAAGGAAGAACCGGAAGUUCCGGUCCACCAAAGGAGCUUCGAAAGCGCGGCGUGAUUUGAUUAACGCAGAAAUCCGAAAGCUGCGCGCGCUACUUCCGAUCAGCGCCGAGGACCGUGAGCGUCUCUCCUACCUGCACACGAUGUCCGUCAUCUGCACGUUCAUCCGGAAAUCCGUGCUGCUCGAGCGUGAUGGAGUGUGUGUCGCUGGUGGUGGUGAUGAAGGUGUGAUUCCUGCAUGUGAAGAUCUGCUAAAUGCACUUCCGGGUUUUCUGGUAGCGAUGACGAGAGAGGGGAAACUACUGUACGUCUCGGAGAACGUGUCGCACUACCUCGGCCUUUCCAUGGUGGAGGUUCUGCAGGGAGACACGUUUUACAGCAUGAUCACCAACAGCGACACAGAAAAAAUCAAGUUUUACCUGCAGGAUGAGAACCUUAACACAGAGAGGAGCUGUGUGUGUUCAUUCAGGACUAAUAGACAGUCCUGCCCCCUGCUGGUCAGGUUGCGUGUGCUCGACCCUCAGAAGUGCCUAGUGGUGGCUCUGUGUUUACCUUCUUCAAUGAGAGAGAGAGACAGUUUUACCACCAUGCACACACCUGACAUGAAAUACACACACACCCAUUACAGUGUAGAGAUAUAUUUGGGUUAUGAAGCAGAGGAGCUAAUUGGUCGAUCCUGGUAUAGCAUCAUCCACCCUGAUGACCUGUUACUGAGCGCCAGAGGACACAAGCAACUAAUGCAGUGUGAGCAGGUCGACCUGGUGCUGCGAGUUCAGGAUAAACAGCUGAACUGGGUUUGGCUCUACAUCAUUGCGACCAGAGACACACAAAGUCACAUGAUCACCUGCUCCAAUUACAUAAUCAGUGAAGUUGUGGCUGAGGAGCUGAGACACAAACUCUGCACUGUUUCGUCCGUUUCUGCCCCUCCAUCCCUCAGUCUUCCGGUAUCCCAGAAUUCCCACUGUUCCACAAAGAGACCACCAGAGGUCGGGGCUGAGAGCAAGAGAAGGAAAAACAAACGAGUGUCUACAGCAGCAGAAUCUUCUCUUCCCUACAGCCCUAAUUCGUCCUUCACUUCUCCAGCACAAGAAACUGGAAACAUAGACUUCUUGUCUAGCUCUUCAGCAUUUUGCCCUUUCUACCCUUCCCCCCCUCAGAACAUCCAGUGGCCCGGUUUUGACUCCACCUUUUCGACACCAUUUUGCUACCAUACCGAGGUCAGUGUGUCGGAGGACCACGCACAACUUCCUAGCCUGUCUGACACUUUCCUGUACCUUGAUGACUUUAAUUCAUUUCCUGUAUUAGUGACAGGAAGUAGUAGAACAUUCCAUGCCCCAGAGGAUUAUGGGUGGUCAGGUCUACUGACUUCACACCCUCCUGCUCUACGUUACAGUGAGAUGGAGCAGGUGGAGAUCAGCAUCCUUGCUCAGCAGAUCUCCUCUCUGGCCAGCAGCUUUGAUUCAUACUGUACUAAAAGCUCCACCCAUCGAUCUGACCACACCCCUGGCUCACCAUCUUGUGACCCUGAGGCCUUCCUGUUGGAUGAGGAAGUGAUUGACAGUGUAAUGCAGUUUCCCAGGGCUAUGCUGGAAGUUCAAACUCUUGAGGCUCUCCUGGAUAUAGAAAAGUGUACAGAGGAACAACAGCAUGAGUUCAGCCUUUAUUCACACACACAGCAAGAUGGGUUUUGUGAUGAAUCCCUGUAUUAAAGUGGAAUAUGUUUGUGACUCUGCCCCCUCUGUCUGGGACUGAUUCAACCAGGUACCUUGUCACGUUUCCAUGGAGAACAGCGGCUCUCAUUCCUCACUGUUGUCCUGAGAAUCGCUGUCCUGUGUUUACAAUAAUAAAUAGUUAAAAAUGAAUAAUGAAAAUAAAGGGAAUGUAACACUACCUCUGACACCAUCACUUGUUUAUGUUAAUUACACACAGCUUUUAUUUUAAAUAUGAUCUUCAUUAUAUUAUAAUCUUCUUGGCAGCUGAAUUUUUUAUUUGUAUGUUUAACUGAAUUAUUAUACACAGUUUUAAACAUUUGUUGUAAAUAGAUCACAGUCUGAUUUU